AUGCAUUCGUUAAUACGCCAACACCUUCAGCACUAUCUUUUCUCAUACAAAGAAUCACGGCACGAUAUCGAAGACCCUUUAUCUUAUUCGAAUAAUACGAAAUUAAAUAAUCAAAUUCGUACUCGACAACAUGAAGAACAAGCAGUUCAACAGCUUCAAAAUGCUAAACAUAAGCCGGUGGCGUUUGCAAUUCGCACAAAUAUUGCAUAUGAUGGCCAACUUGACGAGGAUUCACCAAUGAAAGGUACCGUAAUUUCGUUUGAAGUUCGGGCGUUUCUUCAUAUAAACGAGAAGUUUAAUAAUGAUUGGUGGAUUGGUCGUUUGGUGAAAGAUGGUUCCGAAAUCGGUUUCGUACCAAGCCCAGCAAAAUUAGAAAGUGCUCAAGAACAACGAUGCAGAAAGAUUUUCAAAACAGCAAAGAUAAAAGAACUAUUUCAUCCAAGGGCAAUUACCGCACCAUACGAUAUUGUACCGAUUAUGCGGCCACUUUGCUUGAUUGGUCCUUCAUUAAAAGGUUUCCAGGUCACCGAUAUGAUGCAAAAAGCAAUCUUCGAUUUUCUAAAACAAAGAUUUUGUGGACGAAUAACGAUAACUCGGGUUAAUGCAGAUAUUAGUUUGGCCAGAAGCCCUAGCAGGAGUUCUAACAAAGGAGACAUUGAAUUUACAAAAGUUACGGAUGAUGUGCAACUCGAAAUUGAUCGAAUUUUUGAACUGGGACGUCGCAUGCAAAUUGUUGUCAUUGACUGUGACCUUAUCAAUUAUCCAAUGCAACUUUCAAAUUCUAUCCUUGCGCCACUUAUUGUUUUUGUACGCAUUUCUAAUGCCAAGGUUCUCCAUGAAUUGAUAAAAUCUCGCGGCAAAACUCAAAUGCGUUUCUUGAAAUUGCAACUAUCUGCCAUGGAGAAAUUAGUUAGUUGUCCUGAUAGUCAGUAUGACUUGAUUAUCGAUGAAAAUCGAAUUGAUAAGGCUUGCGAACAAUUAGCGAAUUUUCUUGAAAUUUAUUGGAGAGCAACUCAUCCAAUUGAUGAAAAAUCCGAUAGUAAUAAAAAUUGA